AUGGCAUCCACUGCUCGUUUGCGUGAAGCUUUCGCUCUUUUCGACAGAGAUGGUGAUGGAGAAUUGACUGCCAGCGAGGCACUCCUCGCACUUCGCUCAACUGGGGUUGUGGUAUCGUCUGAAGAAUCCGACGGCAUGCCUGCGUCCAUGUCCUGGGAGCAGUUUGAGGGCUGGGUAUCUAAGAAGAUGAGCGGUGCUAACCCAGAGGCCGAUCUCAUCAAGUCUUUCAAGGUCUUCGACACAAAGGGUGACGGCACCCUCUCCACUGACGAACUUACCCAGGUCAUCAAGACACUGGGAGAUCUCUUAACUGACGAUGAAGUCGAUAAAAUGAUCCAAGACGCAGAUCCCAACAAAACGGGCCGCAUAAAUUAUGCCCAGUUCGUGAAGGUGCUCCUCAGCAACUAA